UCAGCCGUCUCUCUCAGUACGUGCUAGUAGUAUACGCGCAGUUUCAUACAUAUACGAAUAAUAUCGGAAAACAGAAGUAAAGGAGCUGCUUUGCUGCAAACCGUGCAUCGGACUAGGGCGAGUGAGUGAGCGAGAAGCUGACGCCAUUUUAUGUUUUUUGCGCUUCCACACAUAGUGUGGAAAGGGGUCUCCGUUUUCGGCCGACGGUGAGUUGAGUUGGUGUUCUACUGUGCAGUUUUGUGAACUCCUCUCGCAGCUGGGGGAUAGAAAAAACGCGAUUUUCCGAUCAAGUGCCACCGUGAAUGGGAUGAAAAGUGCGACAAAGUGAAGAUUCACGAAAGUGCAAACAAAUUCUGAUUGUUGACAUCGUUAGUACGCGAUUCAUUGAGAAACAGCGCACUUUGAAACGCCCUUCAGCACCACCCGCAGACCCCCACCGCGUUCACCGUGGCGUCGUCAGUCGAGGAAAUGGGUGAAGUUGGAAUGGCCGCCAACGAACAUCCCACGUCCGACGAGGUCAAGGAGAACGGCGAAAUCAAUGGCAACAGUGACAAAUUGCAACUGAAAGCAGCGGCGGUGCCGACUGGUGACAUUCCAAAAAAAGCUGCCACUCCGGCAGUGGAUGCGCCCAAGGAGCGGGAUAACAAAACCAAAGCGACCGCCGCGACCCCCAGCGAAGGCAGCGAGCUGGACGAGAGCUCACAGACAUCACGGCCCAUUAGUAGUAACGGCCAAACAGAGGGAGAAGAAGAUGACACUUCACAGGGGGCAGAAACUGAGGAAAGCCGACCGGAGGUUAUGCCGAUUGACAGUGAAAAUCAGGAUACAGUAGAAUCGAUGGAGGUCGAUGGCGAAGAAACAGUUAGCGAGAGAAAGUCUCACUCAGCCAACUCAGCGCAAGAUGAAGGCAAAGAUCCUUUAGAAGAUGGAGAAAGCGUGGAAAAUUCCUUAGACGCGAAAUCAUCCAAGGUAGCAGGCGCUGAAGUAAUGGACGUUGAUGCACCCACAAAUGGUCACAGUGCGAUGGUCCCAAAAACUGACGGUAGUGAGGUGAUCGAUGACGACAGUGAUGACAAACCGGUCAGUAUUAAUUCGGAUUCUGAAAAUGAAGAUGAUCGGCGAGAACCAAUUAAAACUACGGCACCGGACAGUUUAGAUUGUAAUUCCAAAUCGAACGAUACAGUGUCAAUGUCUAGCAAAUCUAAUGGAGACAACUCCAAGCAGCACAAUGGUGACUGUGAUAAUGACGUAACGAUUCUCAGCGACAAGGAGGAAGAUUGCGUCGUGAUUGAUGAUGAAGACGGUGACACGAACACCAGCAGUACGCCUAGUCAAAAGAAAAUGGAAACCGAUGAUAUAUCCCCACGAAGAAGUUCGAGGGCGAGAAAAAGCAUGCUGCCACAGGACAUUUCUACUAUUGAUGACGAUGACGACAUUGAGGAAAUAAUCGAUGAUCCCCUGAAUAUAGCUGCAGCGAAAAAACCUCGAUUGUCGAUAAAUCAAUCUUUGCAACAAAAUUCAUUCAAAGGACAGUUACCAAACACUGCACAGCCCCAGAAAUCACUCAUAGCCAGCGCCCAGAAUAGUGCCACAAAAGAGCCAACCCUGGUAAUAAUCGACACAAAUUCGCUAAUCAAUAGGUCCAACCCUGGAACACCGAAAUCUAUCAACAGCUCGUACUCGUCUUUGCCGAGUGGUAUGUCACCAAACAGUUCGUUCAAUUCACCUCGCAGCGUUUUAAAUCCGAUGGCUGCCGUUGCUUCGAAUUUAAUCUCGAAAACUAACCCACCACCGUUAGCUCCCGUAACUCCAUUGCUGCCAGCCCUAACGGACGAUAUGUUUGUUUUGGAAGCACCCUCCUUCAUCGUGCCGUACAUCUAUGAGAAACCUCCACAAGAAAACCUGCGCGACAUUGUAAAUGAACUAGAGUCAAAAAUUAAGGAAAUACGCAAAAAGCUAGAAGAAACUAGCAAAGAAGACGAUCAAAGUAGUAAAGCGGAAGAGGAUAUUAGUCAGGACUCCGACAGGAGUGCCGAGAAAAAAUCGUCCACCUCUGCGGAACUCGAGUCCGAGCAGGAUAAAAAGAAAAAAUCUAAGCGAAAACCAACUGCUGACGAUGAUGAGGAGUGGGACGAGCUGAACACUUCGACAGAUGAAGAGGCUUCCGAUGAGGAGCAAAAAACUAAAGUUCUCAUCAAAGAAGUUCAAUCGGAUAUCGAAAUGAUUAAAGAGCACAUAAUUACUCCCGCUUCCAAGGAGGAGUUAACGACAACCGGUACCAGCACUCCAACGGAUACGAAAAAGUCGGAAAAUUAUUUCGAAAACCCGCUAGGAAAAUUUUUUAUGAACAUCGGCAUAAAUCUUGUGCAAGAGUAUGUUCAGACAGAUUUGCUGCGGCAGCAUAAAAAGAAACGGGAUCGCGAGGGUAAACCAUCGGCCAGUACUCAGAUGGCUAUUAAUUCUCUAAUGAAAAACUUAGAACUAAGCAAGGAGAAUAACAAACCCUUCAAAUACGAUAUGAAGCGCUGUGAAUACUGUUCGUUCAAGUCGGAAUCGGCUCUUGCGAUGGCGCACCACUACGAAACCCCGCACAUGCGCAACUACGUGUACAAGUGCAACUUCUGUUCGUAUGAAACUCGCCCGCCGCAUGACAUUCUGUACCACAUGGAAGCAAUUCAUAAUAUCAAAGGUCGUCUGGAAAAGGCGGCAAUGUACCAUGCAUGCCCCAACUGUCCGUUUGAAGAUAACGGUAAAUCGAAAUUGGCCAGGCAUGCAAUUGCAUGUGCGAAAAAAUUCCGACCGGAGGUUAAUCUGAACCCGCCAAUCGACUGGGAGCCGCCGGCGAAAAUACCGCGAAUUAAACCCAAGCAUGGAUUAGUAGGAACGGCGACAGCCUAUCAGGCCAUGACCGCACAGCAGCAGAAGAACUUAGCCCUGGCUAGUCAACGAUUACAGGCCGUGAGUAGCAUAGCCCCGGUCAACAUCAACAAUAUGACCGCGGCAGCUCAGGCCGCAGCUCUGCGAGCUCGAACCACUGGACGUCCACAGCCUAUUUCUCCAGCAACGCCAACGAAUCUGCUGCGUACUGGUGUUCCCGGCAGCGGAGGCAACCUAAGAACGUCUAUAUCACCUGGAAUGGUAAUACCAAACAACUUUCAGCUCUCAGCAGCGGCAAUCGCUGCCGCUAAUAAGAUCUUGCCGACCCAAAACGCUGCUGGACGAUCUCUGCUAUCGAACUCUAACGCAUCGGUAACAAUUCAGAACUCCAUGGGCAUGAAGCCAGGAAUGAAACCCUCCCAGCAGCCCAGCAUUUCCAUCACACCCCUGCCUCGACAAACCAAUGCCACCAAUAUGGCCGUUGCGGGAGCCUUGUCCAAGCUACAAGCGGCGGGAACGUCUGCGAUAAAGCCAGGGCAAAACCCAGUUGGUUCCAAGACGGCGUUCGUUGUUUGCGAAAUAUGCGACGGCUAUAUUAAAGAUCUGGAUCAGCUGCGCAAUCACAUGCAGUGGAUACACAAGGUCAAGAUUCAUCCCAAAAUGAUUUACAAUCGUCCCCCCCUGAAUUGUCAAAAGUGUCAGUACCGUUUCUUUACCGAUCAAGGUCUAGAACGGCAUUUACUUGGCUCUCAUGGUCUUGUGACAAGCUCAAUGCAAGAAGCCGCAAACAAGGGAAAAGAUGCCGGACGCUGUCCGGUUUGUGGAAGGGUGUAUCAGUGGAAACUGCUAAAUCAUGUGUCCCGGGAUCACAAUAUGACAUUAAAGCCGGCCCAUCUCUCGUACAAGUGUACGGUGUGUACGGCGACCUUCGGCAUGUACAAACAGUUCGAAAGUCACGUUUAUUCGGCGCACAGUACAGUCGCAAAGAAGGCUCUCGAUAACAAGAAACCUGCUGCCGCUGGAGCCGGUGGCAGUACAGCCGGAAUUAUGCCCGGACGUGGUUCAACCGGUGAUUCGCUGCUCAAACCGUUGAAGAUUAACGACGAAAUUACGAUUAUCCCGCAGCCGACGAGUAACAAGGGUGCUACGUCAAAAACAAUCGAAAUCGAAAGUCAUGUUAUAGAUUGAGCAUCGCUUCCGGUUUUACCAUUUCACAACACUAGGGCAGUUUUUUACUAUACCAAUUACCACUUUCUGUCCGGCUGUAUCUUGUAAACGGAGCAAACGGAAAAAAUCUACAAUGUUAAGGCAAGGUGGAAAUAAAGCAUUAAUUGCGAGCUUCUUUUCUUUCUAUACUCUUCAUCCACACCCCGUUCCGAUCGUGAGUUUCCUCUAAUGAAGAAUCCGGAUUUCUUACGCGCUGUCCAGAUUUAACUGGUAACCGAAAAUAGCAAAAAAAAAAACAAAACUCACUCGCUUGGUCUGAUCAAAAGAGGUUGAAUCCAGCAAGAGUCUUUAGAGAGGAGGAUAUACGUAAACAAGUUCCUAUUGGUCAGAGGCAGUCUGCUGUGACUUAAUAAGAAUGGAUUAUUUUCGGUUUAUCGUGUUUCAGUGUGAAGGUUGCUUGUCUGAAAUAUGACAAAUUGAAUGUGAGAAAAAACGCACGAUCCUUCAACAACUCACUGAUUUGAAUCAUCCACCAAGCUGCUGUAUGUUAAUAGCAACACGUUUUUCGACCAUUUUGAUAAUCUAUAUAAAAACACCUCAACCUAACAACCGUUGAAAAUCAGUACACGCAUUUUUGGCGAGUUUGUUUCAGUUUAGACCGACUAAAGUAAAUAUUUUUAUGCACUCACCCAUCGGCGAAACCAACGUGUUGCUUGAGAGCACUAAUUAGUGGGUGAAUAAUUUGCUAAAAGAAAUUUAAUAAAUCGCAAAUAUAUCAGACUCAAACUCUCCUUUUGAAUUCAGCAUAGCAAACAAAGGCACAGGCAGAAUUUGUGUACAAUUACCAGAAAGAAAAGAAACAAUUAAGAGUAAAAGUGACUCAUUCAACAAACUGGCUAGCACAUGGGCUAACAUCCUUGUAUUUUGUAUAUUUUUGAAACUGAUUAAUUUAUUUGUUUUUAAGAGAACAUAACUAAUCUAAACUUUUAGAAGGUAAUGACGUGUGCGCAGUUUCGACGACUAAGCGUAUAGUGAGUAUACUUAAGUUUAACGAUUUUUCUUAUAGAGAUAUAACUAUAAUGUAGUACCGAAUAUCUUACUGUAUUAAAAAUGGUAUGUGCGUUGAAAACAGGCAAGCAAACAUAUUAGGUGCGUUAGAAAUUACCCAGAAUUUAAGGCAGUACAUACACUAACCUCAUCAGACCGUUCGUCAGUAAAAAAGAAAGUAAAAAAAAGCAGAACAAAACUUGCCAAUAACAGGCAAACAGAAAUGGUUUAUGUAUAAGAAUUGGGAAAAUAUUAAGAAGGUACAGCAAAAAAAAAAGAAAAUUCUUUAUAGUCUAAAUAAACAACUGAUA